AUUAGGAAGGUAUAUGGGCACUGCCCGAGGGCCCAGGGUCAGUAGGGGGCCCCAUGAGCCCCUGGUACCUUUCAUAGGCUUUUUUGGGUGUGGUAUGAGUGUGGGUGAGAACACAGGGGCCCCAUGAUCCCCUAUUGCCCGGGGGCCCUAUGAGUUGUCAGUCCACCCCUGUGUAUGGGGAAGCAUGUGACCAUACUGUCUGGACAGACUAGGUCCAAGGAGGUAUGUCAAUGCAUAAAAUGGCAUUUGA